CAAGAAGACAGCUGCACCGGAAAGCGCGAAUGCACAGACAGCAGCAGCAGCAGCAUCAGCAGCAUCAGCAAAGACGAAGACACAAGCAUGUGCAAAGCCUUUGACAGCAGCCAAGGCCAAUGGGGAUGCAGCCAUCCCUAAGCAGCCUGUUGCAACCGUGCCAAGCAUGGCCACCCCUAAGACUGCUCCACCUCAGCAAGGAGUUUAUGCCCACGCAGCAGCUUCAGCAGCAACACCUGUGAUGACGCCAGCAGCUGAAUCAACUUCAGUUCAGAUGAAGAAGCAGUGCCAUGCCAAGCCAGAAGUCAGCUCUCAAAAAGCACCAGCACAGCCAGGAGCAACGACGAUGGUCAGCCCUCAGACAGCACCAGCACUGCCAAAAGCAACGGGACCGGUCACCUCUCAGACAGCACCAGCACUGCCAAAAGCAACGGCACCUGUCACCUCUCAGACAGUACCAGCACUGCCAAAAGCAACGGCACCGCCGGUCACCUCUCAGACAGCACCAGCACAGCCAGGAGCAACGACGACGGUCAGCCCUCAGACAGCACCAGCACUGCCAAAAGCAACGGCACCUGUCACCUCUCAGACAGUACCAGCACUGCCAAAAGCAACGGCACCAGGCACCUCUCAGACAGCACCAGCGCUGCCAAAAGCAACGGCACCGGUUAGCCCUCAGACAGCACAGCCAGAAGAAACGACACCGGUCAGCGCCCAGACAGCACCAGCACUGCCAAAAGCAACGACACCGGUCAGCCCUCAGACAGCACCAGCACAGCCAGAAGCAACGACGGCAGUUAGCAAUCAGACAACAUCAGCAGAGCCAGCAGAGCCAGCAGCAACAGAAGAGAAGCGCCCUUUGGACGAAAUUGUUCGCGCUGAGUUGGAGAAACUGGAUGACGAUGCGAUCAAAAAUCGUGUGAUGGGUGCCAAGAAACACUGUCGCAUGAAUGAAUAUCUCAAGGAUGUUGCCUUGGAUGAAGAUUACCCUUUUGGUGAGAAUGAUGAGUUUGAGGAGCUGGUGUGUUUUGAAAUAUGGCUGCGAGAGAGCAAGCCCUGUCCUCAGCCAGCUUUGCCACUGCCGAAAGCAGCGCCUUUGCCAGCACCUGCAGCAGCCGUUGCUCCCCAGGCCAAGGUAGCUGCUGCCCCAAAGGCCCCUCCAACCAGGGAUGCCAAAUCUACUACCACUUCUGGGCUGGAUGUUCGAGUUGAGGGAAGGGCAACUCCAGUGACUUUUGGCGGCUACAAAGAAAGGCAAGCACACUACGCCCAGAUGAAGAGGCAACUUCAGUCUGAUGAUCCCCAAGCUGAAUUUGGAGUACCAGCGGACAUCUUGGAUGCUUGGAAACAUGCGGUUCAAAGCAAGAGCAGGAAUGCGAAGAAUGCCUUAUUCACUGCAUUUCUGAAGUCUGGGAAGAAUUGGGGCCAGCUUCGAAUCCACCACUCCAGGAGCCGGGCUGAAAGGACCACGGGGCAAACCCAGUAUGGCUGGCGUACCAGGGCCCAGCUCUUGCUCCUUCAUGGGAACAAUGCUGCAGCGGUUGACUCCAUCAUCGACCAAAAGAUUCAGAUGGGGGAGUACAGGGCCCAUCCGGACUGUCCAGAGGAGGAGUCAGCAACCCUGUACUAUGUCAUGGUUGACCUUUCACGUUUGCACGCUGAUGAAGUGGAGGAACGCACAGAGAUUUCGGCAGAUGUGGCUCUGGACUUGGGAAGUGAGGCAGCCAUUGAGAUUGGCAGCGCCGACCUGUCCCAGAACUUGCUUCACAACACCACGAAUGCCCCACGGGUGCUUCAGGCAGAUCCCCGUAACAAUGUUGGCCGCCCAGGAUCGUCAAAUGAUGGUGAACAUGGUGGCCAGGGCUCUGGUUGCACAGUCUCGGGUGCGAAAAAUAGCAAGGGAGCCCAUAAGGGCAACGGAAAUGGUGGGAAGGGCAGCGGGAAGGGCGGCGGAAAUGCCGGGAAGGGUGAUGGAGAAGAUGUGGGUAACAAGCGAAGGAAGACCAAUGAAAUGCCUGAGGAACCUAUCCCAGCCACUGUGUGGUUGCUAUCCAAGCUUACUACCGACCUGCAAAGUGCAAAGAUGUGGCCAGUCAAACUUCAAGGUGUUAAGCACCAGGAGGCCCUGAGCAAAUCGAUGUCUGCCCAUGCGGAUGAGCUUGAGAAGUCCUACUUCCAGUUGUCUGGCUACCUCGCCCAGGACCCUACCAUGGUGGAUGUCACGGCCCUGAAUGCUGCUAACACGUUGGCGCAGCAGCGAAUGACCAUGUUUAAGGAGGACAAUGCCACUGCCAGCAAAGUUACCAAAAAACCGGUGACCAAGGGCAAGGGCGAUGGUGCAACUCAGGCUGCGGGCGAUGGCACUCCUGCACGCCGUGUGCGUGGCAAGUCCACAGUGUGA